GUUGUGCUGAAGAGUUGGCUUGGACAUGGCAGCCUGCUUUGUGUUAGCCGUUCAGUGUAGACUUUAACGUCUUCGUUUAUUUAAGAACAAUACUUGCACAAAGCAACUAAUAUGUUAUGCAUUACUGUGUACAAAUAUCUUUAGCUAACUAUGAUAUCGACGGCCGUUUGUUCUUUUUUAACGAAACAAGAGAAAGGAAUAAUUAGCUAGCUAGCCGUCGUUUCAGCGUUUGCGUUUGUCAUUCAUUGUGUUAGGUAGCCAGCUAGCUAGCCGGCUAGAUUGCUCUGCUGCUAAAAAAAGGGAAGGGGAUUAGCUAGCUAUUAAGGUAUUGCACUGAGCCUCAAUGCCCGAGCAAGGCCCUAGAAUGAAUGGUUUCUCCAUCGGCGAGUUGUGCUGGCUGUUUUGUUGCCCGCCCUGCCCGAGCCGCAUCGCCGCUAAACUCGCCUUCCUGCCACCGGAGCCCACGUACUCGGUGCAGACCGAUGCGGACGGGACCAGCAGCCUGCAUCUGAACGAGCGUGCGGACUGGCAGUACUCGCAGCGUGAGCUGGACGCCGUCGAGGUGUUCGACACCAGGACGAGCCGCGGAAACCGGGUGGAGUGCAUGUUCGUGCGCUGCGCCCCUAACAGCCGGUACACCCUGCUUUUCUCCCACGGCAACGCGGUGGACCUCGGCCAGAUGUGCAGCUUCUACAUCGGUCUGGGCUCCAGGAUCAACUGCAACGUCUUCUCGUACGAUUAUUCCGGCUACGGGGUCAGCACCGGAAAGCCGUCGGAGAAAAAUCUGUAUGCUGAUAUCGAAGCAGCGUGGCAAGUGCUUAGAACAAAGUACGGCGUGACCCCUGAGAACAUUAUCCUGUACGGCCAGAGCAUCGGCACGGUGCCCACGGUGGACCUGGCCUCCCGCUACGAGUGCGCGGCCGUCAUCCUCCACUCCCCACUCAUGUCCGGCCUCAGGGUGGCCUUCCCCGACACCAGGAAGACCUACUGCUUUGACGCCUUUCCGAGCAUCGACAAGGUGUCCAAGGUGGCGUCGCCCGUGCUGGUGAUCCACGGCACGGAGGACGAGGUCAUCGACUUCUCGCAUGGCCUGGCCAUCUACGAGCGCUGCCCGCGCCCCGUGGAGCCCCUGUGGGUGGAGGGUGCCGGCCACAACGACAUCGAGCUCUACGCCCAGUACCUGGAGAGGCUAAAACAGUUCAUCUCCUUCGAGCUGCCCAACUCCUGAGCAGCGGGGAAGAAGAGGAGGAGGAGGAGGGGGAGGAGGAGGUGGAGGAGGAGGAAGGCCAAGAAGCACAUCUGUCGACGGGUCCCCUUUGACAAGGAGCGAGGGACCCCACCCACAUUUGCACUUGCAUUUGAAUCUAGAUUCUUCUGAGCCUCUCUGACUUAGCUGUAUGUCCCAGCUGCAGCUUGGGAAGAGGGAGGGCCUCUAAAUGUGAUUUCAACCUUUGUGUUCUUUUAUACCUAAUAACAAAAGGAAUUAAAGU